AUGACUUCGCUGACCAACGACAGCCGCCCAUUGCCUGACCGCCCCAACCCUCGAUCAAAAGCCAUGUUUGUCUUUCUGCGACUUGCCUCAGCAUCGCCCCAGGCGUACACUGCACUUUACGACAUCGGUCCGUUUUGGUUCAGCGGAACAAGUACGGACACCCAGUUGAAUGUUUAUGUCUCGGACAAACAUUAUCAGAUUGAGCUUUCUGCAUCCAACUUUGAGGAUUCGCCGACGUUGCUGAGCGAGUAUCUCCGCCAUAUCGAGCGUGUUGACCCGGAAAAUUUCAAAGCUGACGAAGAGGAAGAGGAAUCUGGUGAUCCUCUCGAAGAUCUGCAUGAAUGGGCGCUAACGCCUUUCCUCCCUGUCUUUCAGACAGUCUUCCCUCUCGACCGUACUCGGAAGUACACCCUGAAAGAUUGGCUGUCUGCUGAAACAUUACGUUAUACGUUGGUCAUAGUGGAAGGAAAAUUGUCUCCAUCGAAGCUCGACCCCCUCGAAGGACGUUCCAUUGGUGCUUCUUUCGCACCUUCGGAGCGGGCCAUAUAUUCAGCAUUUCCGAUCUAUCGCCCAGAUGAGGUACGGUUGCCAAUCGAUGAAGAUUCCCGUGGGCUCCCCGCGAUACCCCACAAGGUAUUUGUCAGCGGGCACGUUCAAUUCUUCAAGCUUGUCUUUCCGGGUGAUGUGAAUAGCACUCUCCGAGAAUUCAAUGCCUAUACGAAAAUUCGAUCCGCCGGACUUGAUUCCUCAGUUCGCACAUCGAAGCUAGAUGGCGUGGUUGAGGAUAACGGUCGUGUCAUCGGGUUACUUUUGUCGUACAUUGACUCUAAGGUCGGAACCUUACUCUGCGUCGGAAAAGAUCCCGCAUAUUCCUCCUUCCGACAAAAAUGGCUCGACCAAAUAUCUCAUUCACUUAACAGUCUUCAUGCGCACAAUAUUUUAUGGGGAGAUGCCAAGCCGGACAACGUCCUUAUCGACACAAAUAAUGACGCUUAUUUGAUUGAUUUCGGCGGUGGGUAUACAGUGCCGUGGGCAGACGGCAAGAAUGAAAAUAAAAUCGAAGGUGACAAGGAAGCCUUUGAGAAGAUUCGUGAUUUCCUACUCAAGGAAGAUGACCCUCCUCAUUCAAGCCACCUCCCCUAG